CUCGUGUGACUUGGAGGUUAGGCGCGCCUCAUUAUUCUAGCCUGGAAUGAAAUCCGGUAUGAUUUUACUCCCUACUCCGUCGUAGUGAUACAAAAGAGGAGAUGUAGAAAAUGAAUACCAACAUGGACGGAUAGGCCCACGGAAACGAUCGUUGUGUAAGCACUUGGCUCAGCAUUCACUUGACAGCCUGAACUCUACAGAAAAAACGGAAUACUCCUAACCCGGAGAGAUAUUGAGAACUUGUCUCACAAGUUCAGGUUGGGCGAAAUGACUCGUCAGUGAUCGCUGUGAAUAUGUCAGUCCCUGGGGGAACACACCCUGAAAACUCCAGUUGGUGUCCAGCUGGGAUGAUGAAUGGGGGUGAAGUCUACCAGAUGUCAGGUCCCGUCUUUGCUGCUCCAAUAACAUCCACCUCAAAGAAUGGAGGGGUGGUUUACCACAUUACGGGGCCACCUGUCUUUGCUGCUGCACCAAAUACAACCACAAAAAGAAAACGAAGGCGCCGGCGCAUACGGGAUGUAGACCAGCCGUACGUCAAGAAGCCGCCCAACGCCUUCAUGUGCUUUCUGAAGGAGCAGAGGCAACAUGUGAAGGCGCAAAUGAAUUUAAAGGACAGUGCGUCUGUCAAUACUGUCCUGGGACAUAUGUGGAAGUUGCUGACUGAUGAGGGACAGGCUAAAUAUUAUAAGAUCGCUGAUGCUGAAAAAAAACUCCAUUCCCAAAUGUAUCCGGAAUGGUCCAACAGCGACAACUAUGGUAACAGGAGAAGGCGGCGCAGUUUUACAGCAGCCACCGCUGUUACAGAACCGGACUCUCCAGAUGAAACUCCAACUCCCUCUAAGACCAGUGACGAGUCUGAAAAAAUGCGUAUUGCAGACAAGGUCCUACACAUGCUGGGGUGUGCCUAGUCCUUUAAACUAACCUACCCCACCCACUCCCCACCUCCCGCCCCUGUUCUGUAGUUAGUUCUGUAAAUUUCCAUCCAUCCAUCCAUCCAUCCAUCCAUCCAUCCAUUCAUCCAUUUUCUUCCGCUUAUCCGGGUCCGGGUCCCUGGGGCAGCAGUCUCGGUAGGGAAGUGUGUCCUAGGUCUGCCCCGGGGCCUCCUCCCGCCUGGGCAUGCCCAGAACACCUCACCAGGGAGGCGUCCGGGAGGCAUCCGGACUAGAUGCCCGAGCCACCUCAACUGGCCCCUCUUGAU